CUCAACCCACUGAAGAGAGCGCGAGCUCAGCGCUUGUUCUUCAUCUUCAUCAAAGCUCGAGCGCAGCGCGCGAUAGGCUACAAACGGACUCUUAAACGAUGGAUUACAAACUCUGAAUUUAGUUAACAAUUACAAGUGAUCUUUAUUACUGCCUGGUCAUUUUGAACGUCAUAUUCUGACGCACUCAUAACUUUUUUUUUCUUAGCAAAAUACCAUAAAAAUAUCUUUACUCUGAUAUAAGCGCAAUGAUUUGUUCUUUGACCAUUAACGGCGCAGUAUAGAUUUGAAGACUGUAACUUUCUUUUGUUGCUGAAAACUCUUUUUAAACCAUGGACUUAAUAUACUGUAAAGUCCUACUGACUCUCCUGAGCGUAUUUCAGUUCUUUCAGGUUCGUAGUGACACUGUAUCACCGUCAAAACAUCCAGGCCUGCAGGUGCUGGCCACGGCUUCACACUACUGGCCACUGGAUUCAGUGGAAGGGAUCCACGGUCUAUCGGACCAGAUUGGGAACAGAACAGGUCAUGUUAAUGGGACUAACAUAACUGUCAGAAUCCACAACCACACUGUCCUGACUACCCAUAAUUCUUCCUCUGUGUAUACCAAUGACUCUGCCUACACUAACAUUUCCGCCACUGUAGACAUUGUAGAAGGAAUGGUGAAUAAGGGCAUCUAUCUGAAUGGUGAUAAUGGAGCCACUUACCUUCACUUUGGCAACUAUAAAGACUCCUGCAUAAGUGAUCCUACUCUGUGUGGACCUGCCGGGAUAACGUUCUCCUUCUUCUGGAAAAACAAAGAGAUAGAGUCUCGUUUUGCGAUUGCAUCCGGAGGUAAAAUCUUCUCGAGUGGUUUCUCUGUCUACUCCAACCCUCUUGGCGGAUACGUGGAGUUUUACACGAGAGGAGAUUCCAUGACAUGGAAAGCACAAAUCGAACUCCCAGGGCCCUACUGGACACAUGUGCUCUUCACAUGGACCCAAACGGAGGGGUUAAAGGUCUACAUUAAUGGAACAUUAAGCACCAGAGACCCCACAGGAAAUGUUUCCCAUAACUAUGGUGAUCCCUAUGCCGAUCUGGUCAUUGGCACAGGAAAUGUCGGGCGUUACAACCACUAUGCCACAGGUGCCUUCGAUGAGUUUGUGAUUUGGGAGAGGGCCCUGUCCCCUCAGGAUGUCUGGAUGUACUACAAAGCAGCUAUUGGUGAGAAUGUGAUGUCCACCUUUCCAACCGAAUCAUCCAUCAAUCUCAUUGCUGCGACAGAUAAUCAAUUACAGAGAAUCACAGAGAUGCCCCAACCUGCCUCCACAAACCUGACAGAGGAAGUUCAGAGACUUCAGGAACCCAUGCAGUUACAAGCGCUGGACCUCCUUCAGUCUCUAUCGUUUAACCUUCCAAACAAGACUAUACCUCAAGAAACAGCCAACAACCUUACACAGUCUCUACUGAAGAGUGUGGAUGAGGUCAUAACCGCCAGCGACUGGAGAGAAAACGAUGAGCAGUGGAGUCCAGUGGUCAAUGGUCUGGUGGAGACUGUGGAUAAGGUGAUGGUGCAGAUGGCCUCCAAGCUUCGGUCCAGCCCAGACUCAGAGGCUCCUCUGGCCAUAGGGGGCAAGAGUUCGGUGGCAGAUUACUCUCUGAUGAAGAUCCCUCAGAACUACAAUCUGCCCAGCUACCGGUUCCCCACACAAGGGAAGAGUUACAUCUCAGUACCAGGAGAGGCCCUUACAAUGCAGUCUCAGACCACGAUCGUGGGACUUUUCUACCACAAAAUGCACAACUACUACAAAAAAAUCAGCCCUCUACAAACAAGAAUAAAUGAGGCGGUGGACUUUAAAGAUUAUAAGAUCCAGAUGGCCAGUCAUCUUAUUUCUCUGAAGGUGGAGCCAUCUCCUGUCCUGUCACUCAACCUGUCCACUGAGCCGCUCAUCCGGAUCGUCCUCACGCAUCAGCUGAAUACAGAACAGCAGCUCCUGGCCUUAAACCAAAGCAAUAAAGUGUUCCUGUACUGCGCUUUCCUGGACUACAGCUUUAAGGAGGGUGUGUGGUCCAAUGAGGGUUGUGUGAGAGCUGAUGGAAACCUGUCCUUCUCCAUUUGCUUGUGCAACCAUCUGACAAACUUCGCCAUCCUUAUGCAAGUGGUUCCCUUGGAGCUCUCAAAGGCACACCAGGUGGCGCUGUCCGCUAUUAGUUACAUUGGCUGCUCUAUCUCUAUAUUCUGCCUGGCAAUUACACUGGUGACCUUUGCUGUGUUGUCGUCUGUUAGCACCAUCCGUAACCAGCGUUACCAUAUUCAUGCCAACUUGGCAUUUGCCAUUUUAGUCGCUCAGGUCCUCCUGCUCAUCAGUUUCCGCUUCAGUCCCGGCACGCUCCCAUGUAAGAUCAUGGCCGUGUUGCUGCAUUUCUUCUUCCUCUGUGCGUUCGCCUGGAUGCUGGUGGAAGGCCUGCAUCUCUACAGCAUGGUGAUCAAGGUGUUCAGCUCGGAGAGCAGCAAACACUUUUAUUACUAUGCCAUCGGAUGGGGAUGCCCUCUGGUCAUUUGUGUGGUGUCUAUGACCGUGUCACUCAACAGCUAUGGAGAAGUUGGCAAUUGCUGGCUGUCUCUGAAUAACGGGGCGAUUUGGGCUUUUGUAGCCCCUGCUCUGUUUGUUAUAAUGGUGAACAUUGGCAUUUUGGUAGCUGUGACGCGAAUCAUAUCCAGAAUCAGCGCUGAGAACUAUAAGGUUCACGGAGAUUCCAACUCUGUGAAGCUGACGACCAAAGCAGUGGCGGUACUCUUGCCCAUCCUGGGCAUAUCAUGGAUCUUCGGGGUUCUGGCAGUGAACGACCACUCCCUGCUUUUCCAGUACAUGUUUGCAGUGUUUAACUCACUACAGGGGUUCUUCAUAUUCCUGUUUCACUGUCUGUUAAACUCUGAGGUCAGGGCUGCUUUCAAACACAAAACCAAAGUGUGGACUUUAACCAGCAGCUCAAUGCGCAACAUCAACGUCAAACCUUUCAACUCAGACAUUAUGAACGGCAACAAGGGAGGUGUGACUCCCACGAAGAUGAACACGUGGGACAAGAGCACCAACUCUGCCAACCGCAUAGAUUUGUCAGCAGUAUAAUGGCUUCUGAUGAGGACAACAGAACAGUGUAGCAAUUCCUGUAGAAGAUG